AGUUUUCCUGUUCAGUCUAGUUUUUUAAGGAAAAUAAUACUUUAAUUUGGCGCCGUUAUACACUGUACCCACAGUUUAUAUCUGUUGUUAGUGCUCGGCUAAUGGGCUACAGCUAGUUUAUCUUGUUCUCGUCCGUGAACUCAUCUUCAAAGAGGCUUUUGUUUUGAAAGUGUCGCUGUCCCGUUGCAGCUGUCUGUACGCAGUUGACGCUGUGGCGGGAUGCAACAACCAGAACCAGACCGACUGAAGACGUCUCAACUGGUUUUCUUUGACUUGGAGACAACUGGACUGGGUCAGUCCUGUGAGAUCGUCCAGCUGGCUGCAGUGAGUGGAGGUCACUCACUCAACCUCUACGUCAUCCCCCGGGGUCGUAUCCAGCGGGGAGCAGCCAAAGUGACCGGCUUCAGGGUCCGCAGACACAGACUGUACCUCCAUCGACAACUUGUCCUCACCAACUCCCUACGAGAGGUCCUGGUCUCCUUCAUAGCUUUCCUUCAGAUGCUCGGACGCCCACUUGUUGUUGGCCACAACAUCCGCCGCUUCGACUGUCCGCUGUUGGCUCGAGCUCUCGAUGAACUGGACCUGAGAGCAGAGUUUGAGUCAUCGGUCUCAGGCUGUGUUGACACUCUACCCCUGGCUCGCGAGAUGCUGAAGGACCUCUGCCUCCAGAGUUUUCGACAGGAAAACCUGGUCAGGGAGCUGCUGGGUGUGAACUACAAGGCCCAUGAUGCUUUGGAGGAUGUUCGGGCAUUACAGGCUCUGUAUAGUGUGCUUCAGCCCACACCAGAGGUGGUCUGUAGGCAUCAGUUUACUCUGGACACCAUGAAAAACAAACCAACUGUGAAAUCUAAAAUGCCCUGUAACCUACCAGAAGAGCGCCCCCUGUGGGAGCACAUCAGGCAGACAGUGAAGGCCACAGAGAGCAAAGCAGAGGAACUUAAUGAAUUAUAAAACUAUUUGCAAAUAAAUUAUUAUCUGACUGAGAAAUAAAUACAGUAAACAAGUGAGACCAUUGCGCAAGAAGACUGGCAGCUUUCAUCAGCCUGUAUGAUGACAUUGUGUGCCACACACUAGAACAUGAAACCCACUGGACUGGUUGGUGGCACAAAACAAGAAGGCUGUUCCUGUGCAAACAGAGCUAGAGAGAGAGAGAGAGUCUUUUCCAAAGGUUGAUGGUGGAACGAAAGCCGAGGGAAGCUUAUAAAGACUAUACAUGCACAUCUGUAAGUCGGCAGCAUAAUAUUAGGAUAUGGCUGGUUUUUCCAUAGCCCAAUAUGGUCUUUAAUUAUUCUUGACUUCCUUCAUUGGCUUUGUUAAUCUGAAGUUUUGUGUGUGUACGCCUCAGUCAUGCUUUUCAUUACUCCAAAAACUGCACAAUACUAAGCAGAUUGGUUACAUGGGGGUUUGAUGCAGCUGUAGUAAGACCUUCUUAAGAGUUUUAAGAUGGCUGCGUACUGUUUGCUACCUCUUCAGUAUUUCUUAACAAAAAGCCAAAGUUCAGAUAUCUGUUUAUGAUUUAUAAAGGAUGAAAAUUUAGAUGAUGGUAGGAAGAUUUUAAUAUAUGUGUCUUAGCUUGAUUGUCAGUCAUCAUUGAGUGUAAAUAGUGACGACAGAUGGAAAUUCCCCUUAUGUAUAUAGUUUGGUUACUGAGAAAAUAUUUAUGUAUGAAUUCAGGUCAAAGUUUCAAAGACAACGUAUUUUUAAUGGAGGUAAAUAAAUCUGUUAAUAAAUGUAUAACUA